UAGAGUACAGAUUCUCAAAAGAUUCAUCAGGGGCCUGUCACUGUCUGAGGUAGGAGGAACCUGGAAGGAAGAGGACUUCAAUGACGAUGCUCUUGUUACCUCUCCUCGUGGUAUUCUUGGUGAAUCACAGCCAGGCCCGGACUCACUCGCUGAGAUAUUUUCGUUUGGCUGUUUCGGAUCCUGUCCCUGGAGUCCCCGAGUUUAUCUCUGUUGGCUAUGUGGACUCACACCCGAUCACUACCUACGACAGCGUCACCCAACAGAAGGAGCCGAGGGCUCCGUGGAUGGCGGAGAACCUGGUGCCUGAUCACUGGGAGAGGUACACGCAGCUGCUGAGGGGCUGGCAGCAGACAUUCACAGUGGAGCUGAGGCACCUGCAGAGGCACUACAACCACUCGGGGCUUCACACUUACCAGAGAAUGAUUGGCUGUGAGCUGCUGGAAGACGGCAGCACCACAGGGUUUCUUCAAUAUGCGUACGACGGACGAGAUUUCCUCAGCUUCAGUAAAGACACCCUGUCUUGGGUGGCUGUCGAUAACGUAGCUCAUAUCACCAAGCGGGCAUGGGAGGCCAAUCUGCAUGAGUUGCAGUACCAAAAGAACUGGUUGGAGGAAGAAUGCAUCGCCUGGCUGAAGCGGUUCUUGGAGUAUGGAAGAGACACCCUAGAAAGAACAGAGACCCCAGUGGUAAGAACAAGUCGAAAGGAAACAUUUCCAGGGGUCACAACUCUCUUCUGCAGAGCUCAUGGCUUCUACCCACCAGAAAUUUCCAUGACAUGGAUGAAAAAUGGGGAAGACAUUGCCCAAGAAGUGGAUUCUGGAGGCGUGCUUCCCAGUGGGGAUGGAACCUAUCAAAUGUGGGUGUCGGUUGAUCUGGAUCCUCAGAGCAAAGACAUCUAUUCUUGUCAUGUGGAGCACUGUGGCCUCCAAAUGGUUCUUGAGGCCCCUCAGGAAUCAGCAAACGUCCUUCUAGUGGUACUCACAGCCUCUGGGACCAUAAUCCUCACCACUGUCCUGGCUGGAGUUGGUGUUCUGACCUGGAGAAGGUGGGCAUGGGGUGAGAGGCGUGAAGGUCUCCAGGGGGCUGCUGCUGCUGCUGUCUCCUUGCUGCAGUCCUGAGACUUCUGUUUCCUGAGACUGCCACUUGAGUUCCAUUUAGAAGCAGGCUGACCCUCAGGUUGGAAUCACAGGAGGGCCUGGAACAACUUUCCCUCUCUAUAGAGAAAACACCCAUUAAUUGGGAAAAAUUAAUUUCCCAUUUUCACAUUCUUCUAUCCCAUAUGAAAGUCCUCUUCUUGCGAAAUUUCGUUUCUCAAAACAUGAACUGUUCAAAAGCAGAUAACCUUUCAAAAAUAGGACUCAAGAUAAGGAAAAUAGGAAGGGGAAGCAAGAAGUACACUUUUGAUGAUAUAGAUAACUAAACAUGUACUAAAUAUCUGUUGUAAAUAAUAUUACAACAAA